AAAAAAACAAUUACAAUGGCUAAACAACUGCAUACCAUUCCAGGCUAUAGGCGUGCCCGUGGUAUAAACUGGUCUACAGGCGAAGACGCUCAAUUGUGCGAAUCCUGGUCAGCCACGUGUGAAAAGGCCUUUAUGGGUAAUGACCAAAGAAGUCGCGAAUUCUGGAGCGUCGUGGAGGAGGAUUUCAAUGAAAACUAUGUAAAAAACUACCAACUCCCAAUUAUAGAAAGGGCCGAUGGGUCUCAUAAGUUGCGAUUCGGUGUUAUCGCAAAGUCUGUCAAUAAGUUCUGUAAGUAUUACCACACUUGUUUGUACGACUCCUCUACUGGUGAAAAGAACCUCAUUGACGCGGUAUGUCAUAUCAUUCAAAAACGUAAUUACUCAACUUAUGUGUGAUAACUGAUAUCGUAUAUAUUACAUAAAAAAAGCUCAAUAAAGCCAUGAAAAUGUAUAAGGAUGAAGAAGGAAAGGAUAGUAAAGGUUUCAUGUUCUUGCAUUGCUGGAAGAUCCUCGAGAAAAGCUAUGGGUGGUUGAAUCGUCCUGGAGUAGUUAAGAUGAAACAAAGUGAAAGAAGAGUAGCCAGAAUAAUUCCAAACGAAUCAGAUGAUGAUGAAUACCCAGCGGUACAUCCUGCGGAAAUUACGUCAAUUGGGGAACGUCCUGCACAACCUAAAAUGGUUGAAAUACGUCCUGCACAACCUACAGUGGCCGAGGAACGUCCUGCGGAAUCUAGGAUGGUUGAGGAACGUCCUGCAGAACCUAUAGUGGUUGAUGAACGACCUACAGAACCUAAUGUGAUUGAGGAACGUCCUACAGAAGCCAUAGUGGUUGAUGAACUUCCUAUGGGAGGUAAUAUAAUUGAGGAAAGUAAAUGUGAUGAGAAACUCGACUUGGCGACAAUACUCCAGGAAUUUGUUGCGUCGAAUGAAAAGAAAAUAAAGCUGGCUGAGGAGAAAAUGAGGUGGAAGCGAGACAGAGAAAUCUUGAUGACAGAUCCUUCUACCAUCACCUUUAAACGAUAUCGUACGUAUAUUGAAAAGAAACAAGAUGACAUUAUGGAUCGUAUGUUGGAGGAGGAUUUAGUGGAGGAAGAUAACCGUCGACAAUCGUUUUAUACACCGCCCGUGUCCACACAUGACACUGAUUCAAUUGAAAAUGAUGAUGGACCUGCAUGGCGAACUUCUUUGAACAACUCUAUCGGUGCUCUGAAAGAUGAGUUGGAAGAUAAGAAAGCUGAUAUUGCUAAAGCCGAACAAAAAUUAGGUAUAAUGAAGCAACUGUUGUGAUUUUCCGAACCCCUAUUCGUAUUUUUAUAUUCCAAGUUGCAUGGUACUAUGUCUAGGCCGAUUUUUACAAUUGUUUCACUGAAAUAAAAAGAUACACCUAACAUAAAUACCCAGACCUACAGCCAUGGUAUGGUUCAUCAUGUAUUCAUAUAAACAUAUGUCUCA